AUGAACGAAGUGGGCUACGUGUCCCAUCCGCCGCCCGAGCCGGACUUCUGGAUUUACUUCGCCAGCUACCUGCGAAACGCCUGGGUUCAGUGGGCCAUCGUCUUCGUCCCGUUCAUUAUGUUCGCCCUUUACCUCAAGCUGACAAUGCCGACUGCGCCAACGGGUGAGAAGGAAUGCCCCGAGGAGGAAGCCCAUUUUCCAGAAGCCAGGAGAGACAAAAGCAGGAAGAAUCUAUAG